AUGUGGUGGAAUUCUACAUGUAGGAUCGAAAUAUUUCUGGAGUUUGAAAAAACACUCUUCUUGGGCACCCGACUCGUCUCGGUUACGAAAUGUCGGUUUGAAUGCACAAGCUGCAAUCAUAGGAAAAUCAUAUUCAAAUUGCUGCAUCUAACAACUCGUCGUCAACAGUCAUCAGUCAUCAGUGACACAGUCAUCAGAACAUUGUCAAGAAAUCAGAAUUCAAUCAAGCUUCAUCUACUCGCUCUUUCUCUUCACCUCUUCUACUCGUCAGCUGGCGCUGCGCGCUAUCACGGACCAAAAAGAUCUUCCUGGUGA